CAUCCGCAGCUUCCCCGACUUCCCCAUCCCGGGCGUGAUGUUCAGGGACAUCUCGCCCCUGCUCAAGGACCCCGACUCCUUCCGCGCCGCCAUCCUCCUGCUGGCGCGGCACCUGCGCAAGAGCCACGGCCGCAUCGACUACAUCGCGGGCAAGUGGGGCCGCGCGGGCGCGGGAUCGGGCCUGCAGGUGGCCAGGGGUCCCGGGCGGGGCCCCCUGCCCUGCCGGGGACGCGCUGGCGGGUGCCAGGGCCCAGGGAAUGCGGAGCGCUGAUGCCCGACUGCCUUGAACGGCCCACAUGGACCCGGGGACAGCGGUGUGGACCAGGACCUUUGCCCGAUGGGUCCCACGUGUGGGCCGAGCUGGAGGCACUGCAUCGGACAUGCCUUGGGUGUGUCUGACCCGUCCCUGUGUCCUAGCGGUCAGGAAGCCAGGCCACGUGCCGCAGACUGAGGCCCUGGCCCCUCCCUGGUCAAGGCCUGGCCGUCCUGGCAGAAGACAGGCAUCCCUGGCCUUUGGGCCGCAAACUGCCCAGGGAGGACCCUCACGCCCUGGCGGGCUGCCUUCCACAGGCCUGGACUCCCGUGGGUUCCUGUUUGGCCCCUCCCUGGCCCAGGAGCUGGGCCUGGGCUGUGUGCUCAUCCGGAAACGGGGCAAGCUCCCAGGCCCCACGGUGUCUGUCUCCUACACACUGGAGUACGGGAAGGCCGAACUGGAAAUCCAGAAGGACACGUUGGAGCCGGGGCAGAAGGUGGUGGUUGUGGAUGACCUGCUCGCCACUGGCGGGACCAUGCGCGCUGCCUGUGAGCUGUUGAGCCUGCUGCGGGCCGACGUGCUGGAGUGCGUGAGCCUGGUGGAGCUGACCUCGCUGAAGGGCCGGGAGAAGCUGGGCAACGUGCCUUUCUUCUCCCUCCUACAGUUCGACUGACCGCCUGGAGCUGCAGGCCCCCGCCGGCCACCAGGGGGCGCUGGCUGCCCACUUGGAACUUUGGUCUGGGGCCAGAGGUUUGGGCCGCCUGGGGCUCAGGAAGUGCCCAGCCCCAGGCUGCAGGUCCAGUCGGGAACCCAGACGGAAUAAAUGGUUUGUUUGCUAAA